AUGAGUUCCCAGCAGAGUGUCCCCUCUUAUACCAGUUCUGCCGACGAAAUCCCAUCCAUAUGGAGACUGAUCCCUGCCACAGUUGCUUUAUGCCCAACGCUCUUUUGUAUAUCCUUGUACGGAACCUCCUACCUCUUCACCACCUGCGCCGUGCAAUUAAUCUUCGGCAAGCUAUCCCAAUUUUACCCAUCCGAAUGGGUUUUUCUGAUCGGUCCCCUUACCUUUGAGCUCGGAUUCUUGAUCUGCGGUACUGCACCAACCUCGGAUGCUCUCAUUGUAGGACGAAGCAUCGCUGGUGUGGGGGCGGCUGGGCUCUUCUCGGGAUGUAUCAUCAUCCUCUCAACCGCAGUACCGCUCCGAGUUCGCCCUCUUCAUAUGGGGCUUGGCUCCUUUACAGGCCAUCUUACCUGGCGAUGGUGUUUCUAUAUUAAUCUUCCCUUUGGCAGCCUUGCUGUCCUGUUUAUCCUCAUUUUCUUACCUUCUAGCACAACGUCGGUGCAGAGACUGGGCUGGAGAGAGCAAUUCAAGCAAGGUGAUCUACCAGGCACUAUGGGUCUGGUUCCAUCUAUUAUAUGCCUUAUCUUCGCAUUGCAGUGGGGUGGCACUCUCCGGCCCAGGAGCAACGCGCGGAUCAUUGCUUUAUUCGUUGUAUCCGGUGUGACUUUCAUCAUAUUUCUCGGGAUUCAAGUAUGGCAGGGAGAUCGGGCCACGAUCCCCUUGCGCUUGAUGAAGAAUGUGGACAACUGGGGUGCUGUUUGGUAUGGGAUUUGCAUCGGAGCAGCCAUGUCUAUUGUCACAUACUGUCUUCCUAUUUGGUUCCAAGCCAUCAAAGACAAGUCCGCCACCCAAUCAGGAAUUGAUACUCUUCCCAGCCUAGUUGGACUGGCCGCCUUUGCCAGAAUCGGCGGAGGUCUCGCCUCAGCAAUCGGAUAUUAUACCCCACUACUCAUAAUGUCAUCAGUCCUCACAGCCAUGGGGGCCGGCCUUAUGAGUACUUUGAAGGUCGAUUCCAGUAUCGGAUACUGGUUCGGAUACCAAGUCUUAAUCAGUGCUGGAGUUGGUAUCGGCGCUCAAAAUGUCAUGCUUGUGGCAUCUGUGGCUGUAGAGCCAGCAGAUAUGCCGAUGUCGACCACUAUCUUGACCUUUACGCAGACUCUGUCAAGUGCGAUAUUUCUUCCGGUCGGGCAAAGCGUUGGCGCGACAGGAUUUCGUGAUCAAUUAACACCGACUCAACUACCUCUGGCUCUGCUUGCCUAUAAUGAGGCUAUCGUGGGCACAUUUUACGUUGCGGGUUGCUACCGCCAGUUUGUCAGUCUUUGGCCCUUUCCUCAUGCACUGGUUGCCGUUGAAGUCGGGGGAGAAAAGUGA